AUGCCCCUUUUUUUUUCGCAUGUGCCACUCCUCUUCUCCUGUGAUAGGCUCAAUUUGCACGUAGGAGAAGCGAUAACCCCCCGGACGAACUCUCAUCACAAGAAUGGUAUAGCUGUGAAAGGCAACUCAGAAGAGACCCCCUUCCACCCCGCGCAAGCUCUGUACCCCCUCACUCUUAUAUUUAAGCAAAAAUCCAAGUUAGAAGAAAUGAACGAAGAUGGCUCGAACAGUAUCAUCAUAGAAGAUAUAAUCCGAAAACAUAUUGAAGAGAAAAAGGAGCUCGUUGGGAAAAUGAUAAAAUUUAGAGACAGGAUACCCCUAGUAGAGUAUAAAAAGAACGAUGACGAAAUGUACAUAUGCUCGAGGUACUAUUUUAUAGGCGAUAUUUACAUUAAGGUGAAGAAGGAGAAGGACAAGUUUAGGCUCACGUUUGUGGGGAGUAAGGAGGGCGACGACGAGGAGCACUCGAAGAAGUCGCUACUGGAGAAGUCACCCCUGGAGAAGUCGCAUUCGGAGAAGUUGCCCCUGGAGAAGUCGCCACCGGAGAAGUCGCCACCGGAGAAGUCGCACAGUUGGACGUUUGCUGAUGAGAAGAAGAGCACACUGAGGGAAAUGUCCAGGGAAGACGAAGAUGCGGACCAGCUGCAUACAGAGGCAUCCAAUGAUAAGCUGCGAGAGUACACAGACAAUGACCAACUGAAUGCAGGAGAAGAGACAGACGAACUGAACACAGAAGUAGACAACGAAAUGAUAAACGGUGAAAUGGAAAACGAGCUGCUGAGCACAGAAUUGUAUAGCCAAAUGCUGAACUCAGAUUUGUGUAGCCAAAUGUUGAAUACUCAGUUGGACAGCGAAAUGCUGAACGCAGAGUUGUACCACCAGAUGCCGUAUACAGACUGCGAAAAUUGGGUUCUUUCCAAAUUUAGGAAAAAGAAAUUUAUCAUUAUUUUGAGUGGAACGUCUGGUGGGGGGAAGAGCACCCUUAGUUGUCUGUUGGGUCUUUUUUUGAACAUUCGACGGAUUCUAUCGACGGAUGUGGUGCGGGAGAUUUUACGAAAGUACAAAGUGAAGGAUGACAAGUAUCUGAAGUUUUCAACGUACGAAUCGUGGAAGGUGAACGGCAGCGAGGAUGAGGGGGGCGCCAGCUCGAGCGGUAGUGGUAUCGCUGUUGAGAGCGGCGGGGGUAGCAGUAUAGGUGUUAAUAGCGGCGGGAGUAGCAGUAUAGCUGCUGAUAGCGGCGGGGGUAAGGGCGAGCCCGAAGCGAGCAAAGCCGAGGAUGCAGAAACGCGGCUAAGAAGGAGGUGCAUCGAGAACUACGCGAAGCAGUGCGAAUUGCUGUUCACCUACAUCGAUGACAUUAUUAACGAUCACAUAAGGAGUAACGAAUCGAUCAUCAUAGAAGGGGUGCAUCUAAACGCAGACAUGAUGGAGAAGCUAAACAAAAAAUACCCAAACAGCAUUAUCUAUUUUUUAGUAUACAUAAAUGAUAGGGAAACCAGCAUUCGAAGAUUUUCAAGCAGAUCUGUACAUUCCCACACGGAAGAAAAUAAAUAUAUAAAAAAUAUUAACUACAUUAAUGACAUACAGAAGUAUUUAUUGGAAAGGACCAAAUGUUUGCACCCGCCAAUUAAUUAUAUUGAAAAUAUUGACAUAUAUAAUUCGCUGGAGAAGGUCCUUCGGAUAAUUUAUUCAUUUGGUUAA